AGGAGGAGGAGGAGGAGGAGGAGGAGGAGUAGGAGAGGAGGAGGAGGGAGGAGGAGGAGGAGGGCCGGAGGGCGCGGGACGGAGAGGCCGCCCCGCUCGCCGCCGCCCGCGCCGGGGCCGCCCGUGCUCGGCAGCCGCAGGCCGGGUCCAGCGGUCUCCUGAGAACGAUUUUUCUGAGCGAUUCCAGCUUCCAGACACAUUUGCCAUGAUAAGGGUUUCGAUCCUUUCCCGCGCAUGCUCUGAGCCAUGAGUGGAUAUGUGUGAUGCCUACAAGUAAAACUGAAAUAGUUCGCUGCAGUUUCCUGUUCGAGCUACCGGCUGUGCUGCUGUGCCUGGUGCUGCUCGUUGCCCCGGCGCAGGGGCAGUGCUCCAGCUCUGACCCUCGGAGAAUUGCGAGCGCGGAGCUAGUGCUCUGCCGUUACCCAGAGAUGCUGUUUGCUACUGGUAAGAAGAGUGGCCUCUUUGGGUGGCUGUAACUGAAGAUUGCUUCCCGGGAGCAACUGAGGAAGGUUUUUGAGUCAUGAUGCAAGAAUCUGGGACUGAGACAAAAAGUAACGGUUCAGCCAUUCAGAAUGGAGCGAGCGGUGGCAACCAUUUACUAGAGUGCAGCCUGCGGGAAGUGAGAUCAAACGGCGAGACACCUUCAGUUGAAAUUGGGGCUGCAGAUUUAGCACAUCUUCAGCAACAGCAGGCUCUUCAGGUGGCACGGCAACUUCUACUUCAGCAGCAGCAGCAGCAGCAACAGCAGCAGCAGCAGCAGCAAGUUAGUGGAUUAAAGUCUCCGAAGAGGAAUGACAAACAGCCAGCCCUUCAGGUUCCCGUGUCGGUGGCUAUGAUGACACCUCAAGUGAUCACUCCCCAGCAAAUGCAGCAGAUCCUCCAGCAACAAGUGCUAACGCCCCAGCAACUCCAAGUCCUGCUCCAGCAGCAGCAGGCACUCAUGCUUCAACAGCAGCAGCUUCAAGAGUUUUAUAAGAAACAACAGGAACAGUUGCAGCUUCAACUUUUACAGCAACAACAUGCUGGAAAACAGCCUAAAGAGCCCCAGCAGCAGCAGGUGGCUACGCAGCAGUUGGCCUUUCAGCAGCAGCUCCUGCAGAUGCAGCAGCUGCAGCAGCAGCACCUCCUGUCUUUGCAGCGACAAGGUCUGCUGACGAUCCAGCCCGGCCAGCCCGCUCUGCCUCUGCAGCCCCUCGCGCAAGGCAUGAUUCCAGCCGAGCUGCAGCAGCUCUGGAAGGAAGUGACAAGCUCGCACCCGGCGGAGGAGGCGGCCAGCAACAACCACAGCAGCCUCGACCUGUCCACCACCUGCGUCUCCUCCUCGGCGCCCUCCAAGACCUCCUUAAUAAUAAACCCGCACGCCUCGACUAACGGACAGCUAUCGGUCCACACUCCUAAACGGGAGAGUUUAUCCCAUGAGGAGCACUCACAUAGCCAUCCGCUCUAUGGACACGGUGUAUGCAAAUGGCCAGGCUGCGAAGCGGUUUGUGAAGACUUCCAGUCGUUUCUAAAACAUCUCAACAGUGAGCAUGCGCUGGAUGAUAGAAGUACAGCCCAAUGUAGAGUACAAAUGCAGGUUGUACAGCAGUUAGAGCUACAGCUUGCAAAAGAUAAAGAGCGCCUGCAAGCUAUGAUGACACACCUGCAUGUGAAGUCAACUGAACCAAAAGCCACCCCUCAGCCCCUCAACCUGGUGUCGAGCGUCACGCUGUCCAAGACGGCGUCGGAGGCGUCCCCGCAGAGCUUACCUCACACCCCGACCACCCCGACGGCGCCCAUCACUCCCGUCACCCAGGGGCCCUCCGUCAUCACUACCACCAGCAUGCACAACGUCGGCCCCAUCCGCAGGCGGUACUCGGACAAGUACAACGUCCCCAUCUCGUCAGCAGAUAUUGCCCAGAACCAAGAGUUUUAUAAGAACGCAGAAGUCCGGCCGCCGUUCACGUACGCGUCGUUAAUUAGACAGGCCAUCCUCGAGUCGCCGGAGAAACAGCUAACACUAAACGAGAUCUACAACUGGUUCACGCGGAUGUUCGCGUACUUCAGGCGCAACGCGGCGACGUGGAAGAAUGCAGUGCGUCAUAAUCUUAGUCUUCACAAGUGUUUUGUGCGAGUAGAAAACGUUAAAGGGGCAGUAUGGACAGUGGAUGAACUAGAGUUCCAAAAACGAAGGCCACAAAAGAUCAGUGGUAACCCUUCUCUUAUUAAAAACAUACAGACCAGCCACACCUACUGCACACCUCUCAAUGCUGCUUUACAGGGCGAAGACGCGGCGCUCUCCCCGCUCUGUGUGUGGAAGGCUUCAAUGGCUGAGAACAGUAUACCUCUAUACACUACUGCUUCCAUGGGAAAUCCCACUCUGGGCAACUUAGCCAGUGCGAUGAGGGAAGAGCUCAACGGUGCAAUGGAGCAUACGAACAGUAACGGGAGUGACAGUAGUCCAGGACGUUCCCCUAUGCAAGCGAUGCACCCUGUGCACGUCAAAGAAGAACCGUUGGACCCAGACGAAAACGAAGGGCCGCUAUCCUUAGUGACAACAGCCAACCACAGUCCAGAUUUUGAUCACGACAGAGAUUACGAAGACGAACCUGUAAAUGAGGACAUAGAAUGAGUAUGUCUGACAUCAUCAUCCUGAGAAUGAAGAUUGGAAGAACACGUCAAAUCUAGCUGUGAAAUCUCUCCAUUAUUGUACAGUCUGGAGGAUUCUCAGUCCACUUUGACAACUCUGAAAUAUGUUAACUCUUAGUGCCAUCAAGUAUCCCAUUUGGGAGUAUUUUUGAUUUUUCUACUUUUUGUUGAAAAAAGGAAUUUGUACUCUGUGCAUUGGAUGGACUUGUUUGGUACUUGGGAUUUUCCUCUCUUACAGUCAACAUCAGUGUUGUAAAUUUGCUAAACUGAUUCACUUACAUUUAGCAGCCAACUUUGGACUGCAGGUCCUGCCAAUUUUGGACACUUGAGGACUUCAAACUGAGCAUGUACACCUGAACUGCAGAUCAAGUCUUUGCCCAGAUUUUAAGGAUUCCAAUGGACAACAUAUUUGCACAGUACUGCAUGUUGAUUAUCACUGCCUUUACUCCAUUUUUUUGUUUUUUGGUUUUUUUUUUUUUUUUUUUUUUUUUUUUUGCUUCCAUUUGGGAUGGGGAAGGCCUGUGUGUGCACAUGUGUGGAUAUGUGUGUGUGCGUGUGAGUGUGUAUAUCGGGGAGGGGUUAAAAGAAAAAUUAUCCCAAACUUUUUAAUGUAUUGCUUUUAUUCCCCCGCCCCACUUCUCCUCUACCAUUUUAAGUUCUGACCUCAGGCCUCAGCCAGGCCCAGGGCCUCUUGGAGGCUUAAACGUUUUCUGUACUUUGUGAUGAAUGUUAAUAGGUGUUUUUAUUAUACAAAGCUGAAUGUCAUUGAAUUGUUUGUAGUUUUUUCUGUCAUUCAUUCCAGUUUCCUUCAGAUGCCACCAUGUUUUCUUUAGCUAUGGAAAACAUUCCAUUUCGGUGUCUCUUUUUGUGUUGUUGUUUUUUGAAAAGGUCCCAAAUGCUGCACUAUACAUGUGGAAGGGUUGUCCAACGGGGAGAGAGAGAGAGAGAGGGGAAUGAAGUACUGCAAGAAUGAGAAUGAAUGACAGAUGAACAUAGAAACACUGUAGGAAGCAACACAGAUUCAUUCCACAAAGCAGUAUUUUCCUUUUUUUUGGUUUUGGUUUUUGUUUUUUUUUUUUUUUUUGGCAGCAAUGGUGAAUAUUAGCAAAUGCCACAAAAUUGAACAGCACAAAGAAACGUAUGCAGCACCAACAGAAUUCGCUUUAUUAGAAGAUGAAUAGUACAGUGGCAGGUUCUCGGUUCUUUAACACGAGUUUUAGUGGGUCAGCAAAUCUUUCUGGAAUAUCUAAGAUUACCGAGAUGGGCACCUAUACAUUUAUUAUUACAAUUCUUUUUUUUUUUUGCUUUUGCAUUUGCAUUUGCAUUUGCAAAUAGUGGUUGGAAAGAUGACUUCAUUAAAUUGUUAUUGUACGUGGUGAUGUUUCACGGUUAAACAUCAGUUCAGGAUUGCUUGGUGGCAUUAAUCUGUUUGAAUACAAAUUAGAUUUCAGAUUGAACUUGUUCUGGGAGUUAAUAAGGACAGAGCCCCACUAAUGCUAAAGUGUUAAUUUCAGCUGUGCAAAUUCUGUACUGCAGUUAAGAUGGUUAUGCAAUAUUACACCAGCCAGUAUCGAAACCUCGCGCUAGGAAACGGGAAAUACAGGAGAGAAUUCGCACUGGGGCUUGUUAGGCAAAACUGGCAAUGCUCUUCAAAGCAAACCUUACCUACAAAAUUUGUCGUUAUAGGUCAGUAAACCUUGGUCACCAAACACCGAAACGUUUUCAUUCUGCAACCACUUUUCCGUCACUCAUUUAUUUAUGUAGGACUGUAGCUUUUUUAUUAUUUCCAAAAGCCUUUCAGAGCUUAAUUUAUAUUCUUCUUUGUACCUUUUUUCCUAAAAUUACCAAAGAUAUUACACAAAGGUAAAUUAUGUUCUCUGUUAUAUGCUUUAUCUUAUGAAGCCAAAUAUCCUCUUAUUGUUGAUCAAAGGAGGCUGAAGAAUUUAGAGGGAAAUGACAAGACGUGGGCUAUUGCUAACCUGAGAGGGAAACUGCUCCUUUAUUCUAGUAAAUUUAGAAGGCCAAGUAGAUGUCUGAACCAAAGUUGUUACUUUUUAUUUGCAGUUCUUUACAGUGACCAAAACAGAAUUCUGUAAAGAGGAAUCGAGGAGAGCUUUUGAGGCUGAAACUAGGAAACAGUGUUACUAGCGGAGCUGUGAGAGGGGAGCUUGCGAAAGCAAAGGCACGGUUAUUUUGCAGAAAAUUAGAGUAUCAGAUAAAGGAGACAGUUUAAUAAAACACAGAAGAGAACAGAAAAGCUCCCACAAUUUAACUGGACCACAUAAUAGUAUUUCUAGAAUUAAAAGAGAAAUUUUUUUGGUCUUUGGUUUUACAGAUUGUGUGCCACUUCUGUUUCGGGACUGUGCUAGGAUGACUGCUUUAAUUUUGGUUGAUCUUGGCACAUUUGCUCAGUUUUGUUUAGUUUUUGGUCAGCAUUUUUCAUAAGGAAAUAACACUCCUGUCCACUCAUAAGCUUUGGUACAAGAAAUUUUAUUGGCAGUUACUUUUAUAAAACUCAACUCUGCUUUCUGUUUCAAAACAAAAAAAAAGAAGAAAAAGAAAAGAAAAAAAGGGCAGUCUGUGGUCAUUUGAAACAUUUUUUUUUUUUUAAAUUAUAUCCAGGCAGCUUCGUGACGUGCCGGCGGUAGCCAGAUGGGGAUCAUGAGAAUUGAGCCCUGUGCUUCUAAACUGAGUGGUUUGCUGGUUAGUUCGGUAUUCAAAAGGGGAUAAAAAUCUGGUAGAUUAGUUCAUUCUCAGCAUGUGUAGCUAGACAUGAGUAAAGAUAACAGCAUGAGAAACUGUUAGUACGCAUACCUCAGUCCAAACUGUUAGGGAAUGAGUAAAUAAAAAAUACAUUUCACUCAGUUGCACUUAGUUGUAUGUCUUGCAUGCUUAGUCUAAAGACUGUAGCAAAAAUAAAAAAAAUAAAAAAAGAGAAAAAGAAAUAAAAAAUUAGAUUUUAACAUAUCUGGCAGGUGUCGCAGCCUUGCAGAAGAACCAACUGAAAAUCUCAGGCUUUACAUCAAGCAAACUUCACUAUGAUUUUUACAAUUCUGAUUCUGUAUCCCUUUGGAUAUACAGUUGCUUCUUUAGGGAGGGGUUUAUUAUGUUGUACAUAUAUAUCCCACUGUGUCUGUGUGAGCCUUUGUCUUCGGGGGGGAGGGCGGGGAGGGCGGAAAAGGUGGAAAGGUCCUUUUUUUAGAUAUCAUUCCUCAAAAGGAAUAAAUGCAGACCUGUUUGUCAAAACACCUUUUGCUUUUUGUGCAACUGCUUUAUAUUAACUAUACUAAAAAAUAGCUUUGAAAAAAAAAAACUACUGUAUGUAAUGGAAUUGCAGAAUACGCUGCACAUGUAUUUUAUUUAGUUAUCCUUGCUUUAAGAAUAUUGGAUGACAUUUGCUGACAUGUGGGAGAAAAUCCCUGACUUUUUUUUUCAGCUUUUAAAUUGUAACAUAGUUGACAGAUUUUUUUUCUCCUGUUAUCAUUGAUCGAAGCAUUUUUGUACAGUUUUUGUGUUUAAGCUGUUUUUUUUGAUACUUUCCCACCCCUUCUGUUAUCUUACCACUGCCUUUUCUGGCUGUCUUAAACAAAGUUCAUAUAUUUGAAAGGAAAAAAAAAAAAAGUUGUUUAAAAAAAAAUGUUUUUCUCCUGCUGCAGUAAAUAUUUUGCAUGACGAAUUCCAGGGUCACACUUUCAAAGUUUAUCAGUGAAGUAGUGAUUAAUAAUGGGGAGUGUCAAACUAUUGAACUUUUGUAUAAAAAAAAAAAAAACUUUACAAGGUGCCAAGAUGUAAAGACAAUUUGUUACAUGUUUUUUUUCUCAAAGAAAAGCGUACAUUAUGAAAGUAGUACCAUGUAUCAGGUAAAUCGCUGUCAGGAAUGAGAGUCAAAGCCUUCCUUGUCCACAAAAAAAAAAGUUUGUAAAUGUAAAACCUGUUAGGUUUCUGCAUUCAACUAGAGGUGAAAUGAAAAAUCAAGGCUUAUGUAGAGUAAGUGACCACAAAAUAUUACCUUUUUUGAUUCUCGCUCGCAAGAGUUCAGCCACAAUUCCCGUAACGGCCCCUUCUGGAGCUCCGGCUUCGGGGCGCGAGCGGGGCAGGGAUUCGCAUCCUGCAAACGUUGCAGAUCAUUAUUUUAUAUGUAUACGUACAUAAAUAUAUAUGUAUAAAAAAAAGUUUUCAAAAAUGAUUUUGAACUAUUGUAGUUUUCAGAUUGCCAACGAUCUCACGUUCAUUACAGCAUGAGAAACGUGUUUAAACUCUUUUUGAAAUCCUUUGGUACCUUUGGUUUAUGAACUCAGACGGAGUUUUUCGAUGUUUCCAGAGUUGUUUAGCGUCCUGGUCUUGCGAGGUGAAUUUGCAGGAACGACUGCGUUUCAGUGGGCCCAGAGCAGGUAACAAACUAUCUUCUACCCAUAAGCCUUGAUGAAAAUGGUACAGUCCAGACUGUUAGCAUGGUGCUUCGUGUGUAUGUGCUGCCAGUAACAAGAUUUUUUUUUUUUUUGAUAAGGCAUAAAAGAAACUCAUUCCUUACAUCAACUGUAAUUCCAUCAUUCCAUGUCUGUUGAUACAGACAAUAAAAAAUGUUGUGUAGUCAGUACUAAUUACUGACAUUAUAGCAUUCUCAAAUGCAAUAAAAAUGCUGGUUGUUCACACUGGUAA